AAGCGAAGAACAGAGUAAGUUCAAGAGUGAAAGAGAGCUUCCAUGGGACAGUGGAGGAGCAUAGUAAAGGAGGCAAUCGAUCGCUCAGCCAUUAUAGCCAAGUUCCUCUGCUUGCUUCACGUUACCAACAACUAUCUUUGUUCUCCUACUCUGGUGUACGGCCCUAGCAUGCUUCCGACCUUGAAUCUGACCGGCGAUGUUCUUUUGGCUGAACGUGUGUCGCACCGAGUGGGCAGGGUUGGCCCCGGCGACGUCGUGCUGGUUCGAUCUCCUCUGAAUCCGAGGAAGACCUUGACGAAGCGCAUUGUGGGUGUUGAGGGGGAUAAGGUCAAUUUCUUUCCGGACCCUGCCAAUUCCAAUAGGUGUCUGACGGCUGUGGUUCCGAAAGGUCAUGUGUGGAUUCAAGGAGAUAAUGUGUAUGCUUCUAGUGAUUCGCGGCAUUUCGGACCUGUACCUUAUGGUCUGAUUGACGGGAAAGUGUUUUUGAGAGUCUGGCCACCAGAUUGCUUUGGACCAUUGGAACACUGAACUCAGAUUGGCCUAAUUUAAAAGAUAAACUGCUGGACUUCAUUUUGUGGCCAUUUUAAAUGAGCUAUUGCUGAGACCUGGGCCUAGUCCAAUAUUACAUCUUUGCCAUUGAUCCUUACUUCAAUAGCUGUUACUUCUUUGUUAGUAGGUUCAGAUUGAUCUAAAAGGAUAUAGAUUUCCAGAUUUUGCAUUUUCAAUCCAUACAGGUGUAGAGUUCAUGUUUCAUUUUCACAGUCAUAAAUCGAAAUAAGCUUAUUUAAUUUUAGUUGUUUUAGUUCAAGCCUUGUAGGGCGGGAAUUGAAUCUCCUUUGAGAUGGUAAACGAUGCUUCUAUUCAUUGAGUUAUGCUUAGACUAAGGAAUCAAGCUUAUUUGAACGUUGUAAAUCUUAUCUCAACCAAUUUUUUUUA